CGCCAUGGACGACGAGACCCAAAUCGCAUCCAUCCUCAAAUCAUCUUCCCUCUACCCAAUCCCACAAAGCCUCAAACUUUCAUACGGAACAGCCGGCUUCCGAGGCGACGCAUCCCUCCUGGACUCCACCGUCUACAGAGUCGGCAUCCUCUCCUCCCUCCGCUCCCUCAAACUCAACUCCUCAACCAUCGGCCUCAUGAUCACUGCCUCCCACAACAAACUCUCCGACAACGGCAUCAAACUCUCCGACCCAUCCGGCGGAAUGCUCUCUCAGGACUGGGAGCCCUUCGCGGAUCAGAUCGCGAACGCUUCUUCUCCUCAAAAGCUCGUAUCUUUGAUCAGAGAGUUCGUGGAGAAGGAAGGGAUCGUGAUCGGAGAGAAAAGUGGAGGAGAGGUUUGGUUGGGGAGAGAUACUAGACCUAGCGGUGAACGGCUUCUUAGGGCGGCAGAGAUUGGUGUCUCCUCUGUUUUGGGAUGUGUUGCUGUUGAUUUUGGGGUUUUGACUACUCCUCAGUUGCAUUGGAUGGUUAGGGCUAAGAACAGAGGUCUUAGGGCUAGUGAAAGUGAUUACUUUGAGAGUCUAACGGCUUCGUUUAAGUGUUUGAUUGGUUUGAUCCCGGUUAGUGCGAAGAAUAGUGCUACAUUGUUGUUAGAUGGUGCUAAUGGUGUGGGUGGGAUGAAGAUGGAGGUUUUGAGAGGGUUUUUGAGUGGUUUAGACGUUGAGAUACGUAACACUGGGAGAGAUGGAGGUGUGCUUAAUGAAAGUGUAGGUGCUGACUUUGUGCAGAAGGAAAAAGUUGUGCCUUUAGGGUUUGGGGAUAAGGAUGUUGGGGUGAGGUGUGUGAGCUUUGACGGUGAUGCGGAUAGAUUGGUUUACUUUUACAUUCCUGAAAACUCUUGUGGUGGGGAUAAGGUUGAGUUGCUUGAUGGUGAUAAGAUUCUGUCUUUGUUUGCUCUGUUUAUCAAGGAGCAGCUGAAGAGUCUUGGUGAUGAAGGGAAGGAGACUCGUCUUGGUGUUGUGCAGACGGCUUACGCUAAUGGUGCGUCGACGGAUUAUGUUAAGGAGAUGGGUUUGGAGGUUGUUUUUGCUAAGACCGGGGUGAAGCAUUUGCAUGAGAGAGCAGAAGAGUUUGAUAUUGGAAUCUACUUUGAAGCUAAUGGCCAUGGGACUAUUCUGUUUUCGGAAUCUUUCAUGUCUUGGUUAGUUGGUAAGCAAAAGGAGCUUAGUGAAGGCUCUGAUGAGUACAAUGCGGUUUCUAGGUUAGUUGCUGUGAGUAAUCUGAUUAACCAAGCGGUUGGUGAUGCUAUAAGUGGGUUGCUCUUGGUUGAAGUGAUUCUGCAGCAUAUGGGAUGGUCUGUACAGAAGUGGAAUGAGUUAUACAAGGAUCUUCCUAGUAGACAGGUUAAGGUUGAAGUUCCAGACAGAACAGCGGUUGUGACCACAAGCGAGGAAACCGAGGCGCUGAAACCUUUGGGGAUUCAAGAUGCCAUUAAUGGUGAGAUCAAGAAGUACCAGCGUGGUAGAGCUUUUAUUAGGCCAUCGGGAACAGAAGAUGUGGUGAGAGUAUAUGCAGAAGCAUCUACACAAGAAGCUGCUGAUUCUUUGGCUAAUUCUGUUGCUCAGCUCGUCAAAAGCUUCCUUGGUUAAAGCUAAAGAUCCAUCUAAAGCUCUGCAUGAGUAUGCUAAGCAAAGAUCUUCCUUGUUCAUCUCUUACUUUUCACAUUUAUGUAUAAACCUAAUGAUACGUUUGCUUGUCUUUUGUGUUCUGUUUCUUGAGCGUUACUUUGUUUCUAUUUUAGUUCUUCUUCUCUUUCUCCCCCAAGGUAGACUGAAACAUACUUGGCUUGCCUGAUUAACUUUAAAUAUUGCAUAAUACUUCUUAUGUUUCUAAAUAAGAGUAUUGAAAGAGUUGUUGAGAGAAA